AUGCAGCGUGCCGUUGUGCAAGGAUCCAAAGUGAGUUGUUGAAAGUUUUUCAGUUUCGCACAUUUCUGAAAGUGUAUCCAGCUCGAGUUAAAUUUUUCUCUAUGAAAUGAAAUGAAACAACUUUUCUGAAAGUUUAAGAAACGAUCUUUAAGCGCGGCUUGGCGGUUCUCGCCGGAGUCACCGCCGCUUCCGGCAUGGGACUCGUCUAUGCUUUGGAGAACUCGGUCAGCGCCAGCGGAGAUAAUGUGCAUCCGUAUGCUCUUCCGUGGGCACACAGCGGCCCAUUCUCCUCGUUCGACAUUGCUUCGUAAGUAAGUAAUCGUAAGAUUUAGCUAUAACUGUUUUUUCAGCGUUCGGCGUGGAUACGAGGUGUACAAGCAAGUGUGCGCUGCUUGCCACUCGAUGAAAUUCUUGCACUACCGUCAUUUCGUCGAUACGAUCAUGACUGAGGUAUCAUUAUUCUUAUUUUAUAAAAAGUCAACGGAGUCUGUCUAUUUCUUUCUUUAUUUUUCUUGGUUUGUCCGAACACUUUCAUUUCUAAAACAGAAAUAGUUGUGACGAAGAAAAUAGAUAAAUGAACGCGUGAGCUUUUGAGCGGUUUUGAGAAUCAUACAAGCGGCUAAGCCGCUACCGAGCGUUAGCUCGGACCGCGCCCAGGCUUAUAGUCUUGUCCAUCAUAAAUCUACUCAAGUUUACACAAACUGAAUUUUCAGGAGGAGGCCAAGGCCGAAGCUGCCGAUGCUCUUAUCAACGACGUUGACGACAAAGGAGCGACUAUCCAGCGCCCGGGAAUUUUGACCGACAAGCUGCCUGCUCCAUACCCGAACAAGAAGGCCGCCGCCGCCGCCAACAACGGCGCUGCUCCACCAGACUUGUCUCUGAUGGCUCUCGCCAGACACGGAGGAGACGACUACGUGUUCUCUCUUCUCACUGGAUACCUGGAGGCUCCGGCUGGAGUGAAGGUAUUUCUGAACUGAUAAUUUCCUUUCCAAACCUUUUAAUUUCAGGUCGAUGACGGAAAGGCCUACAACCCAUACUUCCCAGGAGGAAUCAUCUCUAUGCCACAGCAAUUGUUCGACGAGGGAAUUGAGUACAAGGACGGAACCCCAGCUACGAUGUCUCAGCAAGCUAAGGACGUGUCCGCUUUCAUGCAUUGGGCCGCCGAGCCAUUCCACGACACCAGAAAGAAGUGGGCUCUCAAGGUAUGUUUCUCUUUGCACAUCGAAAGAACUGUGGAUUGUUUAAGAUCGCCGCUCUGAUUCCAUUCGUGGCCAUCGUUCUGGUUUACGGAAAGAGACAUAUCUGGUCGUUCACGAAAUCGCAGAAGUUCCUGUUCAAGACUGUCAAGGGAAGAGAACCACCAAAGGCACAAUAA